CCUCUCAGUCUAUCAUCUGGUAUCCAUGCAUCACUUUCACCUCCACCUCUUCGUUGGCCACUCACUCUAAACACAUAUCCACAUCACAGAACACUGCAGUCAAAACAUUCUUUUGGCCUCGUUGCUACCACGCUGUCAGCCGUCGACCUUGAACACCAUCUGGUCCUAGGCCCCAGCAUAGUUGCGUAGUCAACCUGCCCGCUAUCCCUUCGUCUUCCCCACUUGUUCCGAACACACCUUCAACCACUACCUCCACAAAAAAUUCGCAAACAUGAAGCUCACUUUCAAGGAUCUAAAACAACAAAAGUUCGUUAUCGAGGCCGAGCCCUCUGAAACGAUCUCAGCCGUCAAGGCUAGGAUCUCGGCUGAGAAAGGAUGGGAGCCCUCACUGCAAAAGCUCAUAUACUCGGGCAAGAUCUUACAGGAUGACAAAACCGUUGAAUCGUACAACAUCGAAGAGAAGGGUUUCAUCGUCUGCAUGGUGUCCAAGCCCAAGGUAGCUGCUGGCGCCGCGUCCGCUAGCAAAGCUGUUCCCUCAACUCCUGCCCCGGCAACUAUCCGAACACCUGCUGCACCCGCCCCAGCUGCGUCAUCGACGACGUCCAAUGCUCCAGCCACGCCAUCGCCUGCUCCAGCUGCCCCGCAGACUUCUGAGCAAAAUUUCAAUGACCCAUCUGCUUUGACUAUGGGGAAUCAAAGAGAUGCGGCUAUUGCAAACAUGGAGAGCAUGGGUUUCGAGCGUGCAGAUAUCGACAGGGCCAUGCGAGCAGCGUUUUUCAAUCCCGAUAGAGCUGUCGAGUACCUCCUAACAGGUAUCCCCGAGAGUGCUUUGAGGGAGGAACAGGCCCGAGCAGCUCCUACACAACCCACCGCUGGAGCUGCAGCACCGCCGGCAGCAGCAAACACUGGCGCUGCCACUUCGGCCGGCAGUGACGAGCCUGUCAACCUAUUCGAAGCUGCAGCUCAAGCUGGUCAAGGAGGCCGUGGGGCUGGGGCCAGAGGUGCUGCUGCAGGUGGUCAAGCUGGUGCCGCCGCUGCUGCGCUUGCCGGCUCUGCAGGUACUCCUGGUAGUCUCGAUUUCUUACGCAACAACCCACAGUUCCAGCAGCUACGUCAAGUUGUUCAACAGCAACCGCAAAUGCUUGAGCCAAUCCUACAGCAAGUUGGUUCUGGCAAUCCCGAACUGGCCCGCCUGAUCGGCCAGCACCCCGACCAGUUCCUCCAGCUUCUCGCUGAAGAUGGGGACGAAGAUGCUGCACUUCCGCCAGGUGCUCAAGCAAUCAGUGUGACCGAGGAAGAACGCGAGGCCAUCGAACGCCUUUGCCGACUUGGCUUUGAACGUGAUCUCGUCAUCCAGGCUUACUUUGCGUGCGACAAGAACGAGGAGCUUGCGGCGAACUUUCUCUUCGAUCAACCUGACGAUCAAGAUGACCAGUAAUUUCCACCUGCCAAUAUCCCUCUAAAGUAUACUCUCGACGCCAUCAGCACAUAACUUGUUCUACGCAAUGGCGUCUCAGCAUCCUCUCAAAUAUCAAUGACAGCUUUUUGACGUGUUUACCAUACUGCGAAGGCGUUCUUUGCUAUUCUGCGAACAAGAGCGAGCGGUGUCGUUACGUGGCUCCCUAACCAUCUUACGCCUUCCUCAGCGUAACAAGAGGACCUAGGAAUAUGUGAUAUGUGAAGCCAAAUGAAAGACGUAUUGCGCGUGGAUAGCUUCGUAUCACAUAACUUCGGGUGAGAUGGUGAAUUACAAAAGAAGAAAAUAUAAUAUCUUAUAUUACACCCAGUGUCUACCUUGCCCUUGUAUGUCGAUCCCAUUGUCCGAAUAGCGAUAACUUGGAGUCACAC